CGUCCCCCGAGGGGGCGUGGCCUCGCUUUGGCCACGCCCUCCUCCCUUUUGCAAGCCAACCAAGCCAGCCAUUCGGAUCUUAAUCGCUUUUUUCCUCCUGGAUUUUUAAUUAAUAUUAUUAUUAUUAUUAUUAUUAUCGCGGAAAUGCCUUCCUUCCGGGUCCUUUUCCUCUUCCUGUUGGGAAGCGGAAGCCAGGCGCCGUUGCCAGGAGAGGCCUAUUUCUUGGAGGAACUUCCCCCCGCCAAUCAAACGGAGGAGGCGGGACAGGAAGUGACACGCCCCUGGCUGCUCCAGAUCUCUCCGCCUCCUCAGACGGAAGGGGCGGGGCCUAAGGAAGAAGGGGCGGGGCCUGGGGAAGAAGGGGGCGGGGCCACAUUAACACCAAGUCAUUGUGGGGUCAACUUCUUUGACCCGGAAGGGUUCAUCGACUCGGGGGAUUAUCCUCCGCUGCUCCGCGGCGAGUUCCUAGAGUGUACCUACAACGUCACCGUCUACACCGGGUACGGGGUCGAGCUCCAGGUGAAGAGCGUGAACCUGUCGGAGGGGGAGGUGCUGUCCAUUGGUGGCUGGGCUCCGGCCGCUGACCGCUGGGCCGUGCUGGCCAACCAGAGCCUCUUGGUCGAAGGCCAGGUCAUCCGCAGCUUGACCAACUCCAUCUCCGUCUUCUUCCGGACCUUCCCGGACGACGCCAUGGGCACCUUCCAGCUCCACUACCAAGUGUUUGUGCUGAGCUGCGGCUUCCCCCGCCGGCCGGAGAACGGGGAGGUGACGGUGCUGGGCCUGCACCCGGGUGGAGUGGCCCGCUUCCACUGCCACCUGGGCUACGAGGUCGAGGGGCCCGCCCUGGCCGUCUGCACCAACGCCUCCCGCCCACACUGGAGCGCCCCUCCGCCCCUCUGCAUCGCUCCGUGUGGGGGGCGAGUGCGAAACGCGACGGUGGGUCGGAUCUUGUCACCAACACACGUGUGGGCGAGCAACGUGAGCUGCGAGUGGAGCGUCGUGGCCCCGAAAUCAGGGCAGAAGCUGCACCUCCACUUCGAGAAAAUGGCCCUACGGACCGGCCAGCGGCUACAGGUCUUCAGUGGGGUCUCAUCGUCCUCGUCCUCGUCUUCUUUGCUUCUUUUUGACUCGGCCGAGGGUCCCGGGACCCCCUUUGAGGGUCUCAUCAGCCAAGGCGACGCUCUCGCCCUCCUCUUCCUCCAAUCGGAGGCCGACCCGGAAGGAGACACAGGAAGUCCCGCCUUCAACAUCCGCUUCGAAGCCUUUGAGCGGGGUCACUGCUAUGAGCCCUUCAUCCAGAACGGGAACUACUCGACCUCUGACCCAACCUUCGACCUGGGCGCGGUGGUGGAGUUCACGUGCGACCCGGGUCACGACCUCGAGCACGGCCACCCGGCCGCCCUCCAGUGCGUCAAUCUCCGAGAGCCACACUGGAACGACACCGAGCCCAUCUGCAGAGCCUCGUGUGGUGGUGAGCUGACGGGCGGCUCCGGGGUGAUCGUGCCUCCUGAUUGGCCGGAGGAGCCCUUUGAGCCCGCCCCGUCGUCCUCCUCGUCGUCCAAUCCCGUUGGGGAAAGUGGGCGGGGCUGCGUCUGGAAGAUCCACGUCUCUCCGGAGAAGCGAGUCCGUCUCGACAUCCAGCUGCUGAACCUGAGCGGCCCCGCCCUGCUGUCCGUCUUCGACGGGGACGACCUGGGGUCCCGCCCCCUGGGCCACUUCCUGGGGUCAUCCUUGGGGUCAUCCCCGGGGUCACGGAGGCUCUAUGGUUCCUCUCCCGACCUCACCGUCCAGUUCAACUCCGACCCCGACGCAGGCCCCGCCCACAAGGCCUUCCUCAUCACCUACGCCGAGGUGGCCCGCAACGACUCGUGCCCGGACCUUCCGGAGAUCCAGAACGGGUGGAAGACGACGUCGCACGCGGAGCCCAACGUCCGGGGGGCAAAGGUCACGUACCAGUGUGACCCCGGGUACGACGUCCUCGGGCCGGAGACCCUCGUCUGCACCGCCGGCCUCGCCUGGAGCAGCCCCCCUCCCUUCUGCGAAAAGAUCAUGUACUGCACGGACCCCGGGGAGGUGGCACACGCUACACGCCUGAUCUCGGACGCGGGCCUGCUGGUGGGCACCACCAUCCAGUACACGUGUGUGUCCGGCUUCGUCCUGGAAGGGAGCAGCGCCCUCCUCACCUGCUACAGCCGCGAGACCGGGACCCCUUCCUGGACAUCACGCCUGCCCACCUGCGUCC